AAGCUGGAAUAAUGACAUCGUUCGCGCUAGGUGCACGCGUCAUUCCCCAAAUAUGUUUAUUGCCUUUUAACGUCCCCUCCUCCCCCCGCCUUUUUUUUGGCCGGCCUUUAGCUAUUCCAGGGUUGGGAGGCGGAGGAGACAGGCAGACAGACAGAGACUGGCUCUGCUGGCGGAAACUUGCUCCCGCCAUUGGCGACGCUCCCUCCUCUCCUCCGAAGACCAAACAAAGCGAGAGGGACGGGAGCGACGGCUCCUCGGAGGGAAGGGGAGUCCUCGGCUGCUGCAAUCCCUGCCGCCGACAGCUCCGUGGAGAGUAACGAAAGCACCUUUCCCGGCGGGAAGCUUAAGGCGGCUCGGUUUUUUGUUUUUUUUUUGGUCUCGCGGGCGCCGAAAGGCCCGGGUUGACGAGAACCAGCCGCGGCGACGAGCCCUCGUAUACAUCCCCCCACUGCAUGCAGUUCAGUCGCGGCCAGGCGGGCUUGAGAUGCAAAAAUGUCUACAGAUGCUUCAAGACAAAAAGGAGUGUGGCGACAAACAAGAGCUCUUUUUUAUAAGAAUUGCUUAGUUAAAUGGAGAACCAAGAAGAGUAGCGUUCAGGAAAUACUGCUUCCACUUUUCUUUUUAUUCUGGUUAAUAUUAUUGAGCAUGAUGUAUCCAAACAAAAAAUAUGAUGAGGUACCUGAUUCUGAUCUUUAUUCUGUGGAUCACUCUAUUAUCUCUGAGUUUGUUGUUGGCUACACACCUGUGAACAAUAUGACGAGAAAAAUCAUGCACAAAAUGUCUGCAGAAUAUUUUACAGAAGGAAUCACUACUGAAGAAUUUCUGACUGAGCAAGAAAUGCAAGAGGCUACAUUUCGUAGUCCCCGAAACUUUGUGGGUGUAAUUUUUAAGGAUUCUAUGUCCUAUCAACUCAGAUUUCCUCCUGCAAAGGUUCCUGUUUCUGCAAUUCAUGUGGAAUCAAGAGCCAGUUGUCCAAAUCCUUCCAAGAUAUGUGAAGCUGAAACCUACUGGCGGUAUGGAUUUACAGCUCUCCAGAUCUGUAUUGAUGCAGCCAUUAUUCAGCUGAAGACUAAUCACUCAAUUUUGGAAGAACUAGAACAAACAAAAGCUGUCAUGAUGGGAGAAUCUGCUAUUUUGGAAAUAGAUAAUUUUCCUCGUGCAAUCAUUCUGAUUUACUUAGUGGUUGCCUUUUCGCCUUUCGGUUAUUACUUGGCAAUCCAUAUUGUGGCAGAAAAAGAGAAGAAAUUAAAAGAAUUUUUAAUGAUAAUGGGCCUUCAUGACACUGCCUUUUGGCUUUCUUGGGUCCUACUGUACACCAGUCUGAUAUUUGUCAUGUCUCUUCUUAUGUCGGUCAUUGCAACAUUUUCUUCGCUUUUCCCCAAAAGUAGCAGCUUUGUGAUAUUUCUUCUUUUUUUCCUGUAUGGAAUAUCCUCCGUUUUCUUUGCAUUCAUGUUGACUCCUCUUUUCAAAAAAUCAAAACAUGUUGGUACAGUUGAGUUUUUGUCAACCCUGGUUUUUGGUAUUGUGGGUCUAACAAUUUUCCUGGUAGAGGAUAUUCCAAAAUCCUUUGUGUGGCUGGUAAGCCCUCUGUGUCAAUGCACAUUUUUAAUUGGUGUUGCACAGGUUAUGCACUUAGAAGAUUAUGAAGAAGGAGUUAAUUUUUCAAAUUUAACUUAUGGACCUUAUCCAUUAAUUAUUGCUAUAUUGCUCCUAGCUCUUGACAGUGUGCUUUAUCUACUAUUAGCAGUUUACUUGGAUCAGGUUAUUCCAGGAGAAUAUGGAUUGCGUAGACAUUUUUUUUUCUUUCUCAAGCCUUCAUUUUGGUCAAAGAGAACAAAAAAUUACAAAGAAUUGUAUGAAAGCAAUAUUAAUGGGAAUUUAGAUUUCAAUGAGAUCAUUGAACCUGUAUCAUCAGAGUUUCAAGGAAAAGAAGCUAUCAGAAUCAACUGUGUCCAGAAAUCUUUUGUUAAAAAAGGUGAAACUGUGGAGGCUUUAAAAAAUUUAUCCUUUGAUAUAUAUGAGGGCCAGAUUACAGCAUUACUUGGACACAGUGGAACAGGCAAAACAACAUUAAUGAACAUUCUUUGUGGAUUGUGCCCACCUUCUGAUGGAUUUGCAUCGAUCUAUGGAUACAGAGUUUCUGAAAUUGAUGAAAUGCUGGAUGCCAGAAAGAUAACUGGAGUAUGUCAACAAAUAGAUGUCUGUUUUGAUGUAUUAACUGUGGAAGAAAAUUUGUCAAUAGUUGCUGCAGUUAAGGGAAUACCUCCCAAUUAUGUGAUCCAAGAGGUCCAAAAGAUUUUAUUGGAUUUGGAUAUGCAGCCCAUUAAAGAUAACCAAGCAAAAAAACUAAGUGGUGGACAGAAAAGAAAGCUGUCAAUCGGAAUUGCAAUUCUUGGUGAUCCGAAGGUGUUACUCUUGGAUGAGCCAACUGCUGGUAUGGAUCCAUGCUCCCGACAUACAAUUUGGAACCUCUUGAAAAACAGAAAAGCCAACCACGUGACAGUGUUCAGUACCCAUUUCAUGGAUGAAGCAGACAUUCUUGCAGAUCGGAAAGCUGUAAUUUCUCAAGGAAUGCUGAAAUGUCUUGGAUCUUCUCUUUUCCUGAAGACAAAAUGGGGAAUUGGCUAUCGUUUGAGUAUGCACAUAGACAGGUAUUGUAACACAGAAGCUACAGCAUCUGUCAUCAGACAGCACAUCCCUGGAUCAAGUUUGCUAAAACAGAACGAAGAACAGCUGAUAUAUGCAUUACCAUUUAAAGAUAUGGACAAAUUUUCAGCACUGUUUGCUGAUCUAGAUACCCAUGCUCAUUUGGGUGUUAUUUCUUACGGUGUUUCCAUGACAACCUUGGAGGAUGUUUUCCUCAAGCUGGAAGCCGAGGCAGAGAUUGACCAAGCGGAUUUUAGUGUAUUCAACUCAGAAAAUGUAGAAGAAGAAAUGGAUACAAAAUCUACUGAUGAAUUAGAGCAAAGCCUACUAAUGCUCUCUGAAGUAAAAUCUUGUGUAGUGAACAAGAAGUCUCUGUGGAAAAAACAAGUCACCACUAUGGCAAAGGUUCAUUUCCUGAACUUAAAACGUGAAAUUAAGUCAGUGACAGUGGUAUUUUUGUUAUUUACAGUGUUUCUUGUUGUUCAAAUUUUUAUGUUUGUUGUACAUCACUAUUUCAAAAAAGCUGUAGUCCCUAUACAGCUGUCUCCAAAUUUAUAUUUUCUUAAGACCAACGAAACCUAUGACAAGUACAAAACCAGUCUCCUCAUUCAAAACUCCACUGGGUCAAACAUCGAUGACUUAAUUAGUGCUCUUAGAAACCAGAAUAUACUGACAGAGGUACUCAGUGACAGUGAUUAUGAAUCAGCAGAUUUCCACAGUACAGCAUUAAACAACAGCGGAUAUGUGUCAUUUGCCCCACAUAGUGCAGCAUUACAUGUAUUUAAAGUAGACAAGAGUUAUAUCUUUACAGCUGCUUUUAAUCGCACCAUGAUACAUUCUUUACCUGUUAUGAUGAAUAUUAUUAGCAACUUCUAUCUAUACAGUUCAAACAUAACUGAAAAGAUCCAAGUUUGGAGUAACCCUUUCUUUCAAGAAAUCACUGACACAGUUUUCACUCUUGUGCUGUAUUUUGAAGCUGUCUUACUAGGAGUUCUUGUCACUGGAAUGCCAUCCUAUUUUGCCAUGGAGAAUGCAGAAAACCACAAGAUCAGAGCUUACACCCAACUUAAAAUCUCUGGACUUUAUCCUUCUGCUUAUUGGUGUGGACAAGCACUAAUUGAUAUCCCAUUAUUUUAUAUAAUUCUUCUUCUUAUGGUAGGAAGUUUAUUUGUAUUUCACCAUGGAGUUUAUUUUUUUCCUGAAAAGUUUCUUGCUGUGAUUUUUUGCCUUAUUGGCUACAUACCAUCCGUUGUUAUGUUUAAUUAUAUUGUCUCCUUCAGCUUUAAUGCCAUACAAAAUACCAAAGAAUUUUGGUCAUUUAUUUUUUCAGUGGCUGCUUUAGUUUGUUCUGUUGUCAUCGAAGUGGCCUUCUUUAUGUGGUAUUAUACAACAGCUGCUGUUCUUCAUGUUUGUUUUUCUAUUUUUGUUCCCAUCUAUCCUCUCAUUGGUUGUCUCAUUUCUUUUAUAAAGAUAGUGCGGAAACUGGAUAACAAGAUGGAGAAACAUUCAGAAAGAUUGUUGAUUUCUGUUGUAGCGCCAUAUUUGCAAUGUGUAGUUUGGCUCUUUCUUCUGCGUUAUCUUGAAAUGAAGUGCGGGGGGAAGUCGGUAAGAAAAGAUCCAUUUUUCAGAACACCUAUGAAGCCCAAGCCCCGGAAACUCCCGGAUGUGCUGCACGAUGAGAAUGAAGAUGAAGAUGUUACAGCAGAGAGGCUGAGGGUUAAAGAACUGAUCACUUGUCAAAGCUGUGAGGAGAAACCAGCGGUUUUAGUCCACUGUUUGCAGAAAGAAUAUGAUGAAAAGGGUGAUUUUCUUCUUGGAAGAAAAAUAAAGAAAGUGGCAACUAAUUGUGUAUCCCUAUGUGUUAAAAAAGGGGAAAUACUGGGAGUGCUAGGUCCAAAUGGAGCUGGAAAAAGUACGCUAAUAAAUAUUCUGGUGGGAGAAGUUGAACCAAAUUCAGGCCAGGUGCUGAUGGGAGACUUCAAUUCAGGUGAUAAUAAUGAGGAUGAUUCCAUGAGGUUUGUGGGGUACUGUCCACAGACAAACCCACUUUGGCCUGAAAUCACAUUACAGGAACAUUUUGAAAUAUAUGGUGCGAUCAAAGGAAUGAAUGAAAGUGACUUGAAAGAAGUCAUAAAAUGCAUCUCCAGUGCACUUGACUUUAAGGAGCAACUACAGAAAAAAGUAAAGAAACUUGGAGCAGGAAUCAAACGAAAGCUAUGUUUUGCCUUAAGUAUGCUUGGUAGUCCUCACAUUACUCUACUAGAUGAACCAUCUACUGGUAUGGACCCCAAAGCAAAACAGCACAUGUGGAAAGCCAUCCGAGCAGCCUUUAAAAGUAAAAAGAGAGCAGCUAUUCUGACUACUCAUUACAUGGAAGAAGCAGAAGCUGUGUGUGAUCGAGUGGCUAUCUUGGUGUCUGGAAAAUUGAGGUGCAUUGGUACAGUUCAACACCUCAAGACUAAAUUUGGCAAAGGAUAUUUCUUAGAAAUGAAAUUAAAAGAAGUUCCAGAUUUACAGAUGAAGGAACAGCUCCAAAGGGCAGUUUUGCGUAUCUUUCCCAAUGGAAGACCUCAGGAAAGUUUUAGGUCAAUUUUAUCAUACAAAAUCCCAAAGGAAGAUGUCCACUCACUUGCCCUGUCUUUUUCCAAACUUGAGGAAGCAAAACAUGCCUUUAAUAUUGAAGAGUACAGCUUUUCUCAAGCAACCCUUGAACAGGUUUUCGUGGAACUUGCCAAAGAGCAAGAAGAAGAAGACAGUUUUGGAACAUUAAAUAGCAUGCUUUGGUGGGAACGAACCCAAGGAGAAAGAGUUGUUUUCUGAUAUAUUCCAUGUAGCACACUUCAGCGUCUACAUUCUUCAGGCAUUGAAGAAUUCAGUUGAGAUUGACCACUUUCCUUCUUCCUGAGACUGUUUAUUGAUAUAUUUUCUCAGUCAAAAAGUGUUGGAGAUUUUUGCCUUUCCUAUCAGAAGACUGAGGAAUUGAUUUUGGCUUUCAAGAGACUUCCCAACAUUGAACUCAAUAGUUUUCUGAGGUGUGCUGGGAUCAGUGCAGCACCUCUGUUUUUUUUAUUUGUUGAGCACUAGCCAGUUUGUUUGUAGUCUUGUAUUCCAGUAAACUGCAGAAAUUAAUUUGUGCGUCAUGUCGUUUCAUUCCUGUUUGACCUAGCUCAUAAUUUCUGGCAUGUUUUCACUCUCAGAGCCUAUUUGCAAGGGAUUCAUGCUCUUUCCUCAGAAUGGGUAUCAAAGUUGCACUCUUUGCUCCAUCACUCUCGAAGGGCUCAUUGCAGGUACCACACAACCACUUUUCUCAGCUGGAAGAGUUUGUUCAAUCCAAAAUUUGGAGCCUUGCUACAAUGGUGGCUGCAGAUGAACAUUUUAGCCCAGGAGUUUGUACUUCUAAAGCUAGGGUUAUGUUUUCUAAAUCAUUAAGACUGUUCGUAGCAGUUUUUCUGUCUUCUGAGCCAGUCACUUUGUAUUUUCCACAGGAAAGGGAUUAUCCAUUAUCUUGAUGUUCCCUCAUUCUAAACAUUCUCACUUUUACAGCAAGAGGGAAGUAACAGCCAUUUUUUUCUCUUGUUCCCAAGAACCCCAUUGCAUUUCCUAAACGUUACACAAGCACUGAAGAUUAUCCUUUGCUUCCCUCAGCUCUUCAAAUGGUUUUCUUUCCUGUUCAUUAACAUUGGGACAAGGGAUGGUUAGACCUGUUUCAAAAACCUCAUUUGCAUGGUAGCAGAAAACAUACUUUUCAGAGAAUUGGUAUACCCCUUGCCCUCAUCUUUCAUAUUCAGUUUUGCUUAUAUCCCACUGAUUUCAUGAAUAACUUUUAUGUGAAUGUCAAAAUUGUUCUGAUUUUAAAACACAUUCAAUUUGCUGUACGAAAUCCUAAUAGUUAGAAUAAUAUAUUAGACUUUUAGUGGUAAAGUACUGUAGUAUUGUUGCUGCUAUUAUGUUAAAGUGCCUUGCUGGAACUUUGUUGCUUGUAAUAAAGCAUUCUAAAAUGUC